AUGGACAUCAACAUAUUUGUGGUGAACCUGGUUGUAGCUGAUUCCUUCAUGUCCCUCACCCAGUCACCAGUGUCAGAGUUCUUCGCAGCCAGCCUGCACAGACGCUACGCAUUUUGCGGCGCUCUCUUUGGGAUCUGUUCCAUGAUGACUUUGACUGCCAUAACUGCCGCGUUCCUUGACAUAACUCAGAGUUAGUCGACAAAAGCAGGUGUGGUAUUGGCCGUUGUGUGGCUCUACUCCCUGGGCUGGAGCCUUCCACCAUUCUUUGGCUGGAGUGCUUAUAUUCCAGAGGGUCUUCAGACUUCCUGUUCUUGGGACUAUAUGACCUUCACUCCUUCAGUGCGUGUGUACACCAUCCUCCUCUUUUUUGCGUUCUUCAUCCCAUUAGGCAUUAUUGCUAGCUGCUACUUUGCAGUUUGCCAACCUAUCCGAGCUGUGGGGAAGGAAAUAUGAGAGUUGGAUUGUGGGGAAUCCACAAGCUCUAUGAACGCAUGCGAAAUGAAUGGAAAAUGGCCAAAGUUGCCCUCCUGGUAAUUUAGCAUUUUGUAAUAUCGUGGUUGCCCUACAGAUACUGCCAUUCUCUCACCAGGGUCAAGUACUAACAGCUUCAGUGGGCAGAAGUCAGAGAAGACGCACAGAGUUGUAAGCGCACUGGUUCCAUCUAUUAAUUUUAAAACAGAUACAGCCGAGGGCAAAUCUCUGUCUGAUGGGAAAGCUUUGCUUCUUGGGGGGAAAGAAAGGGAAUGAUGCUUCAGAGUAAUUUUGGUACUAGUAACUUGAGUAGCCCACGGGGGCUUUUUUUAUUAUAAAUAUAUAUUCACGUGCCCUUCUUUACUUUACAAGCCUCUCUCAUGUAAGAUUUGUCAGCUUUGUUUUGUGGUUUUUAUUAGAGUAAAUGCAUCUAAAUUAUGUUCGGCAUAAUUUUUAUUUAAAUAAAUCAGCAUAUACAAAUA